AUGUCUGAUAUAUCUCCUGAUACUCCUUUAGCUGUUGCUAAAUUAUUGCGUCGUAAUAGUGCAUUGAAACAAAGAGUAGGCUUAUUACAAGGCAAGCCUGUAGAAUUUUUCCGUUAUAAAAGAUUCGUUAGAGCAAUCAAAUCGAAUAUUUAUACCAAGAAGUCGUUAAACCAACCUGAACUAUAUCCAAUUAUUGUCAAAAAUCCUGACACUGAAAAAGCAGAGGAUUAUAUUUUCGAUGAAGAUAAAAUCAAAGGGUUAUUCGUCACUUUAAUUAGAACUCAAUUGAUUGUUCCAAUUAUAAAAUUACAUAGCAAUGAAGCCAAAGAACAUGGCUUGAAGCCAAAUAAGGAUCACCCAAAUUUAAUCAUAACACAAAAAGCUGCAUUAAAUGACGAUGCCUAUUACUCAUGGAACUACAAUCCAAAAACUUGGAAAGAUAUUGCAAGUUUACUGGGUAUUGUAGCAUUCAUUUUAACUUUAGUAUGUUUCCCACUAUGGCCAUUAUCAAUGAGACGCGGCAGUUAUUAUUUAUCAUUGGCUGCAUUAGGUCUACUUGGUCUAUUUUUCAUAGUUGCCAUUCUCAGAUUGGUUACCUACCUCGUUUCCUUAGUAUUCAUCAAAAGCAAAGGAGGAUUUUGGCUGUUUCCAAAUCUGUUUGAAGAUUGUGGUGUUCUAGAAAGUUUCAAACCUUUAUACGGUUACGGUGAUGAAGGUAAUUACACUUACAUAAAAAAGUUAAAGAGAAAGAAGAAGAAGCAAGCCUCAAAGAAUGCUUCAACUACAAAGAAAGCAAUCAAAAGUAAAACUUCAAAGAAAUUAGAAGAAAUAAAAGAUGAAUAA